AUGGCCACAGAAUGUUUGUGGCCCAGCCAGAAGUUUGCAAUUGAUUAUGGACUGGUAGGCUCUUCUCGACUUGUUAUCUGCCCCAAGGUUGGAGUAGUACCAGUUGAAAAAACUGUUUUUGAGAGCUCCUUGAAUACUUCUCCUGAUCUCCUGAUUGAACCAGAUAAUACAGCAGAUGGUAGUAAUUUGUCCUCUUCUCCUUACAUGAAGGCAUGUUAUAAAAAUGUCGCCAAGGCUAAUUUUGGCAGAAUAUCUAGCCUUCAACCUUACAAAUCGGAGCUCACAUUAUUAGAUAUAUAUUCUGGUUGUGGUGGGAUGUCAACGGGAUUGUGCCUUGGUGCUAAACUUUCUGGUGUAGACCUUGUGACGAAGUGGACUGUUGACAACGAUAAAUCUGCUUGUGAAAGCUUGAAGUUAAAUCAUCCGGGGACACAAAUUAGGAAUGAACCUGCAGAGGAUUUCCUUGACCUAUUGAAGGAAUGGGACAAACUUUGCAAAAAAUAUGGAGCUAGAAUCGUAGAAACACAAAAACCAAAUUUUAGGGUAACGAGAGGGGCUGAUAAAGAUGCACACUCAAAAUCUGAGAAUGAAAUUCCAAGGGGUGAAUAUGAGGUUGCAAGCUUUGUUGAUAUAUGCUAUGGUGACCCUAAUGAAACCGGCAAGCGAGGGCUUAACUUCCAGUUAGUCAAAUUCUAUACAGAAACUGUUUUUGAGAGCUCCUUGAAUACUUCUCCUGAUCUCCUGAUUGAACCAGAUAAUACAGCAGAUGGUAGUAAUUUGUCCUCUUCUCCUUACAUGAAGGCAUGUUAUAAAAAUGUCGCCAAGGCUAAUUUUGGCAGAAUAUCUAGCCUUCAACCUUACAAAUCGGAGCUCACAUUAUUAGAUAUAUAUUCUGGUUGUGGUGGGAUGUCAACGGGAUUGUGCCUUGGUGCUAAACUUUCUGGUGUAGACCUUGUGACGAAGUGGACUGUUGACAACGAUAAAUCUGCUUGUGAAAGCUUGAAGUUAAAUCAUCCGGGGACACAAAUUAGGAAUGAACCUGCAGAGGAUUUCCUUGACCUAUUGAAGGAAUGGGACAAACUUUGCAAAAAAUAUGGAGCUAGAAUCGUAGAAACACAAAAACCAAAUUUUAGGGUAACGAGAGGGGCUGAUAAAGAUGCACACUCAAAAUCUGAGAAUGAAAUUCCAAGGGGUGAAUAUGAGGUUGCAAGCUUUGUUGAUAUAUGCUAUGGUGACCCUAAUGAAACCGGCAAGCGAGGGCUUAACUUCCAGGUGCGCUGGGUCGGAUAUGGUCCAAGUGAGGAUACAUGGGAGUCAAUUGAGGGGCUGAGCAAAUGCCAAGACCGGAUAUUAGAUUUUGUGCGGAAGGGUAUUAAGUCAAAAAUAUUGCCACGUCCGGGAGAAGUUGAUGUUAUUUGUGGUGGCCCUCCAUGCCAAGGAAUAAGUGGCUAUAAUCGCUUUAGAAAUGUUGAUUCUCCUUUAGAUGAUGAAAGAAACCGUCAAAUCAUGGUUUUCAUGGAAAUUGUGAACUUUUUGAGGCCAAAGUACGUUCUAAUGGAAAAUGUAGUUGACAUUUUGAGGUUCGCUAAGGGUUGCCUUGCAAGAUAUGCUUUAAGUUCUUUAGUUCGUAUGAAUUACCAAUCAAGGCUUGGAAUUAUGGCUGCUGGUUGUUAUGGGCUUCCUCAAUUCCGUUUGCGUGUCUUCUUGUGGGGCGCUCACCCCCACGAGAGAUUGCCCCAGUUUCCACUCCCAACGCAUGAUGUGGUCUUGAAAUAUGGGCCUCCAAGUGAAUUUGAGCGCAAUGUUGUUGCCUAUGAUGAAGGUCAACCUUGGGGUCUAGAAAAACAUAUUGUUCUCAAUGAUGCCAUCUCUGAUCUUCCUCCAGUCACAAAUGGUCAAACCCGUGAUAAGAUGUCAUACAGAAGGGAUCCAGAAACUGAGUUCCAAAAAUACAUUAGAGCAACUAAAUCGGAUAUGAUGGGGUUUGCUUGCAGUGGCCCAGGUAGAACAGAAAAUUCAGUGCUAUUUGACCAUCGGCCUCUUCCACUCAGCGAUGAUGACUAUUUACGAGUUUGUCAAAUCCCAAGAAAGAAGGGAGCAAAUUUUAGGGACCUCCCAGGUAUCAUUGUUGGAACUGACAAUGUUGUUCAACGGACAGAGGGACAGAGUCUGAUGCCUUCUGGAAAGCCAUGGGUACCUGAUUGGGCAAUGAACUACUGUGAAGGGAAGUCUUUAAGACCAUUUGCACGAUUGUGGUGGGAUGAGACCGUGCCAACUGUGUUGUGCAGACCAGAUGCUCACAGCCAGGCAAUUUUACACCCUGAGCAAGAUAGAGUCCUUACCAUUCGUGAGUGUGCACGGCUGCAGGGGUUUCCUGACUAUUAUGAGUUCUGUGGAGAUAUGAAAGAAAGGGCAAUUUAUUUUUCUAAAAAGAUUUCCUUUUCAAGAACCCAUUUCCCUAUACUAGUCUUAGAAGAACAUGAUUUUUGGGGAAAAGUGCCUUUGAAGGUACCUGAUUGGGCAAUGAACUACUGUGAAGGGAAGUCUUUAAGGUGA